UGGGAGAUUCGUUGUCCCUCGUCCAAGAUGGCUGCAUCCAUAGCGCGGCGUUUAUGGCCUUGGGUGGCUGGUCGGGGGCUCCGGCUCGGAGGUGCCUGCGCUCACAGCCAGAGCCAAAGGAGAAGUUUCGCUACGGAAAGACAGGACCGCAACCUCCUGUACGAACACGCGCGCGAGGGCUACAGCGCGCUCCCUCAGCUGGACAUGGAACCACUGUGCGCAUGCCCGGAAGAGGCCGCGCGCGCCCUGGAGCUCCGCAAGGGGGCGCUGCAGCCGGACGACCUGCCCGCGAUCAUUGCAACAUGGCAGGAGCUGAGGCAGCUGCGGGAGCAGAUCCGGAGCCUGGAGGAGGAGAAGGGGGCCGUGGCUGAGGCAGUGCGGGACUUGCUGGUAAACCAGGACGGCAGUCACGUACAGCAGGAUCCCCAAUAUCAGCGUCUGCGCACACGUGGCCGGGAGAUCCGGAAGCAGCUCACGCAGCUGUACCCCAAGAAGACCCAGCUCGAGGAGCAGUUCUACCUGCGGGCCCUGCGGCUGCCCAACUGCACGCACCCAGAGGUGCCAGUCGGGGACGAGAGCCAGGCCCGAGUGCUCCGCGUGAUCGGCCACAAGCCAGCUUUCUCCUUCCAACCCCGGGGCCACCUGGAAAUCGCCGAGAAACUCGACAUCAUCCGUCAGAAGCGCCUGUCCCAUGUGUCUGGCCACCGCUCCUAUUACCUGCGCGGGGCCGGGGCCCUCCUGCAACACGGCCUGGUCAACUUCACACUCAACAAGCUUGUCCACAGGGGCUUCACCCCCAUGACGGUGCCAGACCUUCUCCGAGGAGCUGUGUUUGAAGGCUGUGGGAUGACACCCAACACCAACCCAUCCCAAAUUUACAACAUCGACCCCUCCCGUUUUGAAGACCUCAACCUGGCAGGGACAGCAGAGGUGGGGCUUGCCGGCUACUUCAUGGACCACUCCGUGGCCUUCAGGGACCUGCCUAUCAGGAUGGUCUGUUCUAGUACCUGCUACCGAACGGAGACACACAAGGGGAAGGAGCCGCGGGGGCUGUAUCGAGUCCACCACUUCACCAAGGUGGAGAUGUUCGGGGUGACGGGCCCUGGGCUGGAGCAGAGCUCGUGGCUACUGGAGGACUUCUUAUCCCUUCAGGUGGAGAUCUUGACGGAGCUGGGCUUGCACUUCAGAGUCCUGGACAUGCCCACCCAGGAACUGGGCCUUCCCGCCUACCGCAAGUUUGACAUUGAGGCCUGGAUGCCAGGCCGCGGCUGCUUUGGUGAAGUCACCAGUGCUUCCAACUGCACGGACUUCCAGAGCCGCCGGCUGCACAUCAUGUUCCACACAGAGGCCGGAGACUUGCAGUUUGCACACACAGUGAAUGCCACAGCCUGCGCUGUCCCUCGCCUCCUCAUUGCCCUCCUAGAGAGCUAUCAGCAAAAGGACGGCUCAGUCCUCGUGCCCCCUGCCCUCCAGCCCUACCUCGGCACCGAUCGGAUCACUGCCCCCACCCACGUUCCUCUCCAGUACAUCGGCCCCAACCAGCCCCAGAAGCCCAGGCCUCCAGGCCAGCCAGCCCUGAGCUGAGACUGAGCAGCAGCGGCCAGCAAGGAUUUCACCGCCUCCUGGGGCUCGGAGCCCUGUACACAUGGGGCUUGUUUUCUUGAGCACAUCUUGGCCAUAUGCAUUCCUCUGUCAGCUCCAUGCCUGCGCCCCUGGGCCCCAGAGUCCACCUUUCUUACUUCUUCAGAAUCAGUGAGUGACGCUGUUGUCACUGAGGUCCCAACCUGCACUGGAAAGUAGGACAUCUGGGGACUUGGAGAGCAUAGAGAUGGGGGGAAGGAGGGGAAGAGGCCACCAUCCCUCUCUCCCUCAGCACUUCACAGAAAGUCCCCAAUAAAUGGUAAGAACAAAGGCC